AUGGACGGACUACCAACGAGCUACGAUCCAAGGGAUCGAGUCUGGAGUGGACCCAAACGGGUUAAUAUGUACACCGAUGAGACUUCUAUUGGGAAGGUAAUAUGCAACAACAUGAGGAAUUGGCCCAAGAAUGUCUGCCAGAUAAACGAUACGGAUGGCGUGGUAGUCACCUUUGAUCAGGCCAUCACAUGGGCCAUUCGUAUUGCCCAGAUCUUCAAGAAGAAGGGACUCCAGUGUCCAGAUAUCAUUGGUCUAUCUACAAGGAACUCCACCUAUGUAAUGCCUCUUGCAGUGGCCUGUUUAUUAAAUGGAACACCCUUUCACGCCAUUAAUCCAGUUAUGGAUGAAGCGGCCGUUAAACACGUUUUUUCGAUAACCAAGCCGAAAAUAAUAUUCUGCGAUGGUCAGGAAUACGAGAAAGUGCGAGCUGCCACUAAAGGAUGGGAAUCAGAGAUCUUUACAAUCACAGAUCCUGUACAGGGAGUGCCACAUAUUGAAAGCCUUCUAGAUCCCACACCCACUGAACUUUUUUAUCAGCCAGAACCUUUGAAAGAAGGAGGCGAGCAGACCAUGGCUAUUCUGUGCUCCUCGGGUACUACUGGACUGCCCAAGGCUGUAUGCAUUUCUAAUAAGGCUUUGCAUCUAAAUACCAUGAUGAUGAACAGCGAGUUGGUGAUAUUUUCAGCCAGUGGUCUUGACUGGUACAGCGGCUUGACCGCUUUAAUUAUGGGAACAGUGGUCGGCUGCACUCGUAUCAUAACGAAUCAACCCUUUUCGCCGGAUUACUUUGUGAAGCUCGUGGAAAAGUACAAGAUCAACACCGUCAUGCUGCCGCCUCGCCACCUAUCUGCUUUGAUCAGUUAUCCUGGAGCUUCAAAGGAAGCCCUGGUCUCCAUUCGAACUAUAGCCUAUGGUGGGGGAUUUACUUCGAUGACCACACUAAAAAAGGUACAGGAACUUUGUCCGGGUGCCAUGCUUAGCUCUGGCUAUGGCAUGACGGAGGUGGGUGGUGUGUCCUUUAAUAUUGGACUGAGUAAUGUCAACACUGCCGGCAAGCCCAUGCCUGGUGUGAAGUUUCGGAUUGUGGAUGAGGAUGGCAAGUACCUGGGAUAUAACGAAGUGGGCGAGAUCUACGUGCACAAUGGACUGCCCUGGAAUGGUUACUUUGGCAAUCCCCUGGAGUCGCGGCGCAUGCAGGACUUCGAGGGCUGGUUCCACACCGGAGACCUGGGGUACUUUGACGAACAGAACCGGCUCUUUGUGGUGGAUCGCAAAAAGGAGAUUUGCAAGUACCAGGGAAAUCACUAUUGGCCCUCUGAAAUCGAGGGCGUCAUAUACGAGCUGCCCCAGGUGGAGGAAGUCUGUGUUGUGAGCAUCUACGAUGAACAGCAGGGCGAUGCCGCUGGAGCUCUGGUGGUCAAGAGGCAGGGAACCUCGAUAACGGCGCAGGAGAUUGCGGAUCAUGUGGCCACAAGACUGCCCUCAGUUCAAAAGCAGCUCCAUGCCGGUGUCCAGUUCACCGACAAGUUGCCCGCCAAUCCCAAUGGAAAGACAUUGCGUAGAGUGGCGCGGGAGGAGUUCUUGGCCAAGAAGGAAGCUGCAAAAUAA